AUUUGGAGAGCAGAUACUAUAGCUAGCAGUGAGAGGGUGUGGUGUGGGGGUUGCAUUGCAGUAUCAUCAGAAUCAGAGUUGAGUUGACCCCUUCAUUCCAUUAACUAUCACUCUUAACAAUGCAAGCAGCAAUUGCAGCCAUGGCCGCCCACACUAUUCUCUUUUCUUCCUUCCCAGCUCCUCAAUCCAUUGCCCUUCCCGCCACUACCAAGAAAGCCGUUGCAAUCCUCAAGGGCAAUUCCUCCGUCCAUGGCCUUGUCACUCUAACCCAACAACAAGACAACGGCCCAACAACUGUUACUGUUCGUGUUUCUGGUCUUACUCCUGGGCCUCAUGGUUUUCAUCUCCAUGAGUUUGGUGAUAUAACAAAUGGGUGCAUAUCAACUGGGCCACAUUUCAAUCCUAAUAAACUCAAACAUGGUGCUCCGGAGGAUAAAAUUCGCCAUGCGGGUGACCUGGGAAACAUAGUUGCUAAUGCCGAUGGAGUUGCAGAAGCAACAACUGUGGACAAUCAGAUACCACUCAUUGGACCCAAUUCAGUAGUUGGAAGAGCCUUAGUAGUUCAUGAGCUUGAGGAUGACCUUGGAAAGGGUGGGCAAGAACUUAGUUUGAGCACUGGAAAUGCUGGGGGAAGAUUGGCAUGUGGUGUGGUUGGUUUGAGUCCAGUGUAAAUGAAACUAAAUGUUUUUGUAGCAGUUGUGUUUUAUCUUUUUCUUGUUUUCAUCAAUUUACCCAUGUAAGCUCUGAAGCACGAUCCUUCUAAGAUGAAUGUAAAAUGGAAUCGUGAAGACAUGUAGUACAUUAGUACCAGAGAUUCGUCUCAAUAAAAUUAUAUUUCUAACGAAUUUCUGGUGAAUAAACCUACUGUUGAAUGUUGUU